CUGCCUUCGUCUUCCUUCACUUUCUUCCCCUCCAACCCCAUCCUCUACUUCUCAUCCUGCUCCAAUCACCUUCCUCAUUUCCUCAUAUUCGUACACAAUUGCAGCCUACCGAUACCUCCCUCAACGAAGUGAUACAGCCUUCAACGUAGUCAGAUCCGUUGCACUGUUCGGGUUUCCACCAUGGCGAUCACAAAGUUUCUGAAGCUUGCGUUCGUAGCUCUGUCCAUCGUUGCGGUUGCGGCUCACCCGAAGUUAUCCGAUUCGGAGUUGGUGAACUACCAACACAACCUGAAGAGGAUAACCGAAGCCAUCGGCCGCUGUAUCGAGACAGACCCCAACUUGAAGGCACGCAUGAUGGCAAAGCGCGCAGAGACUUUCGGCCACCUCCGUCAAGAUCGUGGUUCCGACGCUAAAAAAGCGCUUGUGUCCCGCGAAUUCCGCCCCGAUAGGAAUGCCCUCGCCAAGUGGCAGGAUUCCGACCAUGAGCACAAAGGCCAGUCGAAAGACCCUCAAGAUAUAUUCGACUUCAAGUGGGGAAACGAUCCCCUCCGCAAGCCUGCCGGGUGUGCUCUCUCGCCCGAAUCAAUCUAUGGUCCUUUCUGGGCUGAGGGGCACCCACGUAGACAGGACAUCCGCUCUAGAGACGAGGGCAUUCCGAUGAGACUUGCUCUUCAGGUUAUCGAUGUGAGCACCUGCAAGCCAAUGUGGAAUUCUCGCGUAGAUGUCUGGCAGGCCAAUGCUAUCGGCCAAUACGAUCCCAAAGUUGACGGCGCUCUCCGUGGAUGGCAGCCUACUUCCAAGCAUGGCACCGUCGAUUUCGAUACCAUCUUUCCUGGUCAUUAUCCAGGUCGUGCAAGCCAUAUCCACGUAUCGGUUCGUCCAGACAACAAGCCCAUGGCACAUGUUGGCCAAAUCUACUUUGAGCAGAGACUUCGUGACUACAUUGAGGUGAAACGUCUUGCCCCUCUUGGCCCUGAGCUUCCGCUGACUUCAUGCAAGACUACACCUGAGUACACGAAGAACUCAGACAAGAAGCCGAAGUCCAACAUGGAUGAUACCUUAGCCCCGUAUUCAGCCUCGAAGGAAUAUGAUCCUUUCGCUCAGUAUUCCUGGCUCAGUGAAGAUGCCAAUGAUGGACUACUUGCGUGGAUCGUCAUGGGUGUCAAUGCCUCAGAUCCCACCAUUGAACAGCCCCCAAAGCCGAACUAGACUUGUUUUUCGUCAACAAGCAAAUCCACAUGAACAAACAAACGGCUGAAUAAGUUCUUUUUGCAAAUCGUGCCCAGGAAUAUGUGAGUUCAUUAAAAGGAAUUCAUGGAUUUUGCGGGUUGGUCGUUCGUGGCAGAAUAAACGGCACAAUGCCGCGGUCAGAUUACGUAGGACUGGAAAGCCACACAGUUUCUAUGGAGUGAAUACUUCUCUCAGCACCCGGGAAAUUAUGAUGUCUUCACUGCUUUCUUCGCGAAACCCGGAUGGUGUAGUUGUGAUGCAAUUACUGAACGCCAAAGCUCGUGAAAGAGAGCGAUAUUGCAAUAGUUCUACUAUGAAAUCACUCAAUGAAGCGACACAUCGAUAGAUCUCUAGGUUCUAACGAAGAAGAUUGUG